AUUAUUUAGAUCCGACUGUUGAUAUUACGCCCGUGUCUUUCAAAUACCUCUCAAUCUCCUACGUUGUACUAACAUUACGUACCAAGAACUUCGUUUUUACGCUGUACGUUCUCCCACUCUCUCCUCCAUUGAAGCGGGUUCUGAGCUUUCUCUCUCUUCCAUUAAAGAAAUUUCUGAGCUUUCUCUCCCCUCCAUUAAAGCAUCAUCUAAGUAUUAAUAUUUAGAAUAUGAGGCCAAUAUUGAUGAAGGGCCAUGAAAGGCCUUUAACAUUCUUGAAGUACAAUCGAGACGGCGACCUUCUCUUCUCUUGCGCAAAGGAUCACAAACCUAUAGUUUGGUACGCCGACAAUGGAGAACGCCUCGGUACCUAUUCUGGACACAACGGUGCCGUUUGGUCCUGCGAUGUCUCUUGGGAUUCUUCCCGUCUAAUUACUGCCAGUGCGGAUCAGACUGUGAAGCUCUGGGACCUUAAAAGAGGAGAGGAAUUACAUACCUUCAAAUUUGACUCUCCUGCCAGAUCAGUGGAUUUUUCAACUGGUGAUAAACUUGCUGUAAUCAUCACUGAUCCAUUUAUGGAAAAGACUUCUGCAAUUCACGUGUAUCGUAUUGCAGAAGACCUCGAUGAACAGAGUGAUAGGCCAGUUCUUGUCAUCAAGGGUCCAAAUGGAAGAAUCAAUAGAGCUGUUUGGGGGCCUUUAAACAACACUAUAAUCAGCUGUGGCGAAGAUGCUAUCAUCCGUGUCUGGGAUCCUGUGACAGGCCAAGAGAUGAUGUCUACAAAGGACCAUAAAUAUGGUCACACGAAAGCAAUUACAUCAAUUUGUCUAUCUGCAGACAAGUCACAUUUCCUUACGGGCUCUCUGGAUAAAUUAGCAAAGCUCUGGGACACAAGGACUUUAACUCUCCUUAAAUCCUACAGUACAGAGCAACCUGUGAAUGCUGUUACCAUGUCUCCUUUACUGGACCAUGUUGUGCUUGGAGGUGGUAUUGAAGCAUCAUUAGUGCCUAUAGUUGGUCGUGCAGGAAAGUUCGAAGCGAAAUUUUUUGAUAAGAGCAAAGUCCUGCUUCAGGUGCUGUUACCUGUCAUCGUAUUCUUCUCAAUCGUAGGUGCCUUUUGUUUUUGGAGGUGGCGGUGUAGGCCAUCAGUUACAGGUGCGACUAACAAUGCAACAGAAGCUACUGAAGAUGAGACUGAAAUUGAAGAUGCUAGUAGGCUGCAAUUGGCGCGAUUUACCUAUUCUCAGGUCAAGGAUAUGACAAAUGAUUUCAAUAGAAUGCUAGGAGAAGGUGGCUAUGGAAUUGUUUAUUAUGGUCGCUUGAGUGACAACCAUAGGGAAGUUGCGGUCAAAGUGCUCUCAGAAAAUGAUGCCCCUAAGCAAUUUAGCAAUGAGGUUCAGGUUAAUGUGCUAGGGAGGAUACAUCAUAAAAACUUGGUUACUCUGAUCGGAUUCUGCGAAGAAGGAACCAGCAACUUGGCACUUGUUUACGAGUACUUAUCUGGAGGGGACUUGAAAGAUCUUUCAGAACAUUCAGGUGUAUUCAUAAGCUGGAAAAGGAGACUUGCAAUAGCCUUCGAUACAGCUCAAGGACUGGAUUAUUUGCAUACCGGUUGCAGCCCGCCAAUAGUCCAUAGAGAUGUGAAGCCGGCUAAUAUACUACUAAAUCAACAUUAUCACCAGGCAAAAGUAGCUGAUUUUGGCUUCUCAAAAAUAUUCCCAGCUGAAAAUGUCUCGAAAUUAAAGACUCGAGUCAUUGGAACUACAGCUUAUCUUGCUCCUCAGUACCAUUUAACCGGACAGGUGAAUGAAAGGAGCGACGUUUACAGCUUUGGUGUUGUUCUGCUAGAGCUCAUGACAGGGAAAUCAGCAAUCAGAAAAAAUACACACCCAUUUAAUUUAAUGGGUAACACCACUCUUUGAAAGAGGUGACAUAGGUAGUAUAUUGGACCCGAGACUGCAGCUAGAGGUAGGCGAAAACUACAACACCAUAUGGAGAGUUCGAGCUUGGCUACUACCUCAAUGGAGAUGAUGACAGCCGUGGUUUCAAAUACUUCAAUAGUACGAUCACGAGUUCGACAGGGUUGCCAAAUUAUUUGAAUAACAUGUCCGUUUAUAUUAUAUAAUCACAACCUCAAAAUACAUGCCACAAGGUUGUGUUGUAAGUAAAUAAAAACGGAGCAAGUACUAAAUACCCUUUCAAUUUGGAAACAACGGCCCUUAAAUUAUUUUUUUUAAAAAAAAUAUCCCUUAAAAUUUUUUGAGUGGCACUAUAAAUGGAUUCCGGCAAAUUAUUCCGUUUGUGAGCCCCCACUACUUUGAUGUCCUUUUCAGUUACUGCAUCAAAAAAAAAAAAAAAAAAAAAAAAAAAAAAAAAAAAGAAUUAUAUCCCUAACACACUAAUUUGAAUGAUUAACUACCCUAAUUUUCAAAUUUAUACUUCUUAUGACUUAUUCACCAUAAAUUACAAAUUUCUAAACCAAAAUCACUAUAUAAUAUAUAAACCCUAAUAUUCCAAAUUGAUAAUACAUACUUCGAUCCCCUAACUCCCAAAUUUAUAAACCCUAAUUCCUUAAAAACAAUUUUAAUUACCUAAUCCUCUAAAUUGAAACCCUAGACCCCUAAAGUUAUUUAGGGACCCUAAUCACCUAUAUUAAGAACUCUAA